AUGUGCUGCUUUUUUGCGAGGAGUUGCCAAGAUUCCUCCAGCGUUGUGGAGGUGAAGAAGGAGGAUCCAGCUCUGGAAGAAGCGCGAAAGUUGCAGGCCCAGAAAGAGGAGAAGCUGAUAGAAGAGGAGGUUGCCCGUCGCUACGAUGCAGAGCUGCAGCGGGUCUUCGAACUUCGCUUGGCGAGCAUCGAACACCGGGAGCUCGUGAAGGUGAAAGUGGAGGAGGAAAAGACCCGCUUCGAAGCGAUCAUGCUGAAAGAGGUGGAGGAGACGAAAGCACAAAUUCUGGAGGAAAUGGCUCACAAGAAGCAGGACGAAGAAGAGAAGGAGAAGGCGCUUGCGGAAGAGCGGAAGAAGGAGGAGGAGCUGAAGGAGCUCGAGCAGCGAAAGCUGUUGGAGCAGAAGGCUAAAGUUGACGAGGAGCGGCUCAAGGAGCUGGAGCAACGUCAAGAGACCCAGCGGAAAGAGCGCCAACACAAGGCCCAGGAGGAGCAGAAGAAGGCUGCAGAGACCUCUCGCCUUUUAAAUACGAAAGGCCAGCGCGCCGCCGUGGGCUUCAAGCUGAAAUCGAGCGUCCUCUGA